AACGAAUUUAACAUCAAAGUGAGACGACGAAAGUGAAGAUUUUCUGAGUCUGAAGAUUUGUGUGAGUUUGGUUUUGCGGUCAUCAACGAUUUUAAUCGUAAUAUUUUUUGAAAUUUUAUAAGUUGUGAGUGUGAAAGAGCGUUGUGAGUUCACUUAAGAAUUUGAAUGAAAGUUUUACAACAGGAUUAUCGCCGUCUGUUAGAUAAAAAUAUCGUCCAUUAGUUUCGUUUACACUUUCGCAUUUUAAUUAAAUUCGAGGGGAGCGCUAUAACGACGGCCGCUGCUACUUAGUAGUAUUUUGUUUUGUUUCCAGGCCGGUGCAUCAGUGAUAAAGCAAUUAGCUAAAUCUACCAAAUUAUUUUUGACUUGUCCUCUUCAACAAAAUUAAUCCCAACAUCAUCGAUAGACGCAGACGAGAGCGCUGCUUUUAUUACAAGGCAAUGGCGAUGCUGUCGACUGAGGAAGCCAGCAAGUUGUUGGACUUCUCUCAGAAACUAGACAUUAGUUUACUGGACAAGAUCGUAGAGUGCUUGUAUACGUCGCAGGGAGAGCAGUUGCGCCUAGCGCAAGAUAUUCUUACAACAUUGCGUGAGCAUCCAGAUGCCUGGACCCGUGUUGACAGCAUUUUAGAAUUUUCUCAAAAUCAGCGAACUAAGUUCUAUGCAUUGCAAAUUCUGGAAGAAGUAAUUAAAACCCGCUGGAAAAUUUUGCCUCGCAAUCAAUGCGAAGGAAUCAAGAAAUAUGUUGUGGGACUUAUUAUCAAAACGUCCUCGGACCCCGAAACAAUGGAGGCCAAUAAGGUUUACUUGAACAAGUUGAAUUUAAUAUUAGUCCAAAUAUUGAAACGGGAGUGGCCACGCAAUUGGGAAACGUUUAUUAGUGACAUCGUAGGGGCAUCGAAGACUAAUGAAAGUCUAUGCAAGAAUAAUAUGGUAAUUUUGAAAAACCUUAGCGAAGAGGUUUUUGAUUUUUCUGCCGGACAAAUAACUCAAACCAAGGCGAAACAUUUGAAGGAUACAAUGUGCUCCGAAUUUUCUCAAAUUUUCCAGCUUUGUUCUUUUGUUUUGGAAAGCUCUAUGAAUGCACCCCUAAUCCAAGUUACUUUAGAAACGUUAUUACGAUUCUUGAGCUGGAUCCCAUUGGGAUAUAUAUUUGAGACAGCGUUGAUAGAGACACUUAUUUUUAAGUUCUUGAGUGUCCCUAUGUUUCGAAAUGUUACGCUACAGUGCCUGUCUGAGAUUGCUGGUCUUACCGUUCCCGAUUACAAUGAAAAUUUUGCCAGAAUGUUUAAGGAUACAAUGGUGCAGCUGGAUCAAAUGAUUGGCCAGAAUCCCAAUAUGAGUAAUAUUUAUGCAAACGGGAGCAGCACCGAGCAAGUAUUUGUUCAGAAUCUAGCAAUGUUCUUGUGCACAUUCCUCAAGGAGCAUGGCAAACUUGUGGAAGAUGUCAAAUAUAUCGAUUAUUUGAAUCAGGCACUGCUCUAUUUGGUAAUGAUAUCAGAAGUUGAGGAUGUUGAAGUUUUCAAAAUAUGUUUGGAGUAUUGGAAUAAUUUAGUUGAAGAUCUCUACAAUAGCGAAACAUUUGUUGGCAACACAGCGCAUCUCACUCAAACGGACGCAGUAUCAUUGGCUAAGCGUAAUGCUUUUCCUCGUCGCCGUUUUUACGCCAACAUUUUAUCGAAGGUUCGUUACAUUAUGAUUUCAAGAAUGGCCAAACCGGAAGAAGUGCUCGUGGUCGAGAAUGAAAACGGAGAAGUUGUACGCGAAUUUAUGAAAGAUACUAAUGCCAUAAAUUUGUAUAAAAACAUGCGUGAAACUCUGGUUUUUCUAACCCAUUUGGAUUAUGCGGAUACAGAACGUAUAAUGACACUUAAGCUAAUGAACCAAGUCAAUGGUACUGAGUUCUCAUGGAAAAAUCUUAAUACGCUUUGCUGGGCAAUUGGCUCAAUAUCAG